GGCAUUUAAGACGCAGAUUACCAGGUCCAGGCUGCAGCUGCGGGACUCAGAGGCGAAGCUUGAGGGGCUCAGGAAGGACGAAGAACCACUUCUUGAGAGAAGAGGCAGCAGCAGCGGUGGCAGCGACCCCACCACUGUCACAUUUGCCAGGAAACAAUGCUGCUAGCAACAUUCAAGCUGUGCGCCGGGAGCUCCUACAGACACAUGCGCAACAUGAAGGGGCUAAGGCAACAGGCUGUGAUCGCCAUCGGCCAGGAGCUGAACCGGAGGGCCCUGGGAGGCCCCAACCCUAGCACGUGGAUUAGCCAGGUUCGGCGGCGGAGCUCUCUGCUUGGUUCUCGGCUGGAAGAGACUCUCUACAGUGACCAGGAGCUGGCCUAUCUCCAGCAGGGGGAGGAGGCCAUGCAGAAGGCCUUGGGCAUCCUUAGCAACCAGGAGGGCUGGAAGAAGGAGAGCCAGCAGGACAAUGGGGACAAAGUGAUGAGUAAAGUGGUCCCAGAUCUGGGCAAGGUGUUCCGGCUGGAGGUCGUGGUGGACCAGCCCAUGGAAAGGCUCUAUGAAGAGCUGGUGGAGCGCAUGGAAGCAAUGGGGGAGUGGAACCCCAAUGUCAAGGAGAUCAAGGUCCUGCAGAAGAUUGGAAAAGAUACAUUCAUUACUCACGAGAUGGCUGCAGAGGCAGCAGGAAACCUGGUGGGGCCCCGUGACUUUGUGAGCGUGCGCUGUGCCAAGCGCCGAGGCUCCACCUGUGUGCUAGCUGGCAUGGCCACAGACUUCGGAAACAUGCCUGAGCAGAAGGGUGUCAUCAGGGCGGAGCACGGUCCCACUUGCAUGGUGCUUCACCCACUGGCUGGAAGUCCCUCGAAGACCAAACUUACGUGGCUACUCAGCAUCGACCUCAAGGGGUGGUUGCCCAAGAGCAUCAUCAACCAGGUCCUGUCCCAGACCCAGGUGGAUUUUGCCAACCACCUGCGCAAGCGCCUGGAGUCCCGCCCUGCCUCUGAAGCCAGGUGUUGAAGACCAGCGGGCUAUUCCCCAGUGUGCCCAGCUGCACUGGUAUGCAUGCUCAUCAGGAGAAUCCCUGCUGGAAGUCUGCAAGUCUAAGAUCUCCAUCUGGCGACAGUGGGAUGGGUGGGGUUAGUGUUUAGAGUAUGACACUAGGAUUCAGAUUGGUAAAAGUUUUUAGCACCAAGAAAACAGGGAUGAGGCUCUUGGAUUAAAAGGUAAUUUAAUUCACCGAUUAGCAAUGACAUGAAGGUUAAGGCCCCUAAAAUAAUUGUAAAACUCUUUUUCUGGUCCCUUACAUUCCCACCUAAAACCAUCUUUAAAAUGCUAGUGGCUGAUAUGGGUGUGGGGGAUGCUAACCACAGGGCCUGAGAGGUCUUGCUUUAUGGGCUCAAGAAUGCCAUGCGCUGGCAGUGCGUGUGUACAAAGCAGAAUCUCAGAGUGUCUCCUGCAGCCCUCUGCUCCUCCCAUUCACUGCACAGCAACACCACAGAACAAGCAGCACCCCACAGUGGGUGCCUUCCAGAAAUCUAGUCCAAGCUUUCUCUAUGGAAAAAGACAAAACUAAUUAGUAGACAGGUUUCCCUAUUGCUUCCAUAGGCACCAGUCAGAAUAAAGAAUCAUAAUUCACACAAAA